GCCAGCGCAUGAGAAACGUCAGUCCAAGUUGAAGUUACGUAAAAUUUGCUAGGCCUCAAAGAGAUCGUCGAAAUGAGCUUAAAGGCCAACUAUUACGAUCAGCCGGAGGGCGAGGAUCUCUUCGGCAAGAUGCUUGCCACCAACAAGUACGCUCUGGCCGGCGGUCUCGGCUGGUCGACGGUUGAGGUGAUGAUGGUUUCGAAGCCCAAGGGCUACCUGCCGACCAUUGCCCGGUACGUGUACUUUACCGGCCCGUUCGUCGGCAUGGCCUCGGCGUUCACGGUCGGUGCGUACGCCGCCAACAAGCUGCGUGGCCGGGACGAUGGCUGGAACUAUGUGGCCGGAGCGUUCGCGGCCGGUGGUGUUUACGGUGCCUGGAAACGGACCGUGGUCGGUGGGCUGGUCGCUGGAUUGAUCUUCGGCGUUGCCGGUGCGCUCAAAAAACAGUCCAUCGACGAGGGCUGGGAGUUCUUCCCGGAUGUGAAGCAUCACGCCGUCAGCUCGAUAAAUCCGAACCGCUACGAUUUUACCCUCACGCAGGAACGCGAACGUGGAUGGACGACCGGCAAAUAGGGGGGGCAGUUGAUGAGAGUGCGGUGAUAUGAAGGAACGCAAAAUCGACCCUUUUCCGGUUAUGUUGUAAAGCAUGUUAGGCAAUAAAUACUGUGGAUACUA